CUGGGUGAGACUUCUUUCAUAAAGGUCCGCGCUGUUACAUCGGCGCGCUAAGGUGCUAUCUGAUUACAUUUCUUGGUCGUUAAAGAAAACCCAAUUUUGAAUCAGUUUUCAAUCACUUAUGUCCCAUUCAAUAGCAGUGCGUUCUCUUUAAUAGUUUUUGUUUAGUAUUUUUAAAUACACAAUUAUACAUUAGCUGGACAGAGAAGAGGAUUUUGAUUGGCUUAAUAUCAGAGCGCUCGAUUACAUAGAUUCGUAAAUCUCAGAAUCUAAUCCGAAGUUAUAAAACUCACAGAAAAGCGUCAUAAUAACCUGCAAUUGCGGAAAACACUAAAAAGGUUGCGACAGUAUUCGAUAUUAUUCCGUGAGAAUGUGGUCAUAGACGGCGAUAAUGGAUUUAGAUGCAUGGGCCGAUGCACAUUACUGUAAACAAGAAGCUAGUGUACAAACUGUGUGAAAAUUUAGGAACUUUUUAACGUUUUUGCUCCUUUUUUGUUGUUCAAUCAAGCAACGUUAUGUGCAAAAUUAUGCCAUUACUUACAUUGGAAGCAAGCAAGCCUAGUACGAGGAGAAAUCAGAAAUAAUAUCGAAGGAGAGCUGGUCCGAUGUAACAAGCGAUUGCCUUCUUGUUGCAAAAUUUGUCAAAGUAAAUUAUGAGUUUGUUAUGUCUGCCGUCAAUCGUGGUAUGGAAACAAAGCCAAUCACGUCUAGAUGUUCACGGACCGACUGAUUAGAUAGUGUUUCUGUCUUAAAACCAAGCAAAGGAUGGGGUGAUUUAAUCGCUAGCUGGACUGUCACCUCUUGAGGUACAGAAGGAACGUACCAAAUUGGACUGCAUUUUAGUAUUACCCUAGACACGUGUUACAAUCACUGAACUUUCACUGUAUUGGUUUUUUAAAAAUUUGUUUAUAAUAUGCCUGUAAUUCAGGUGCUGUUCAUUGCCUCUUACUUAGUAUUAUGCACAGGUAUUAAGAACAUAGGACUUUUGAUCCCUUCCACGACGAGUGUUACAGGAAUACCGUCAAAUGCUUCUGUGUUUGCUGCCUUUAGUCAGGCUCUGACAAAUUUGAGCUCAGUUCUACAUUACCAGGUGUCCCAGGACACCAAGUGUUCCGAGGGAAUAGCACUGAACGAGACUUUCAGCAUCAAGGAUCGGGUGGAUGGCUUUAUUGGUCCUGUCUGCGAAAAAGCUAUACGAAGCGUUGCGAUGAUGGCUGCCCUAUGGAACAAGCCCAUAGUUACUUGGAUACCCGUAAAAGAGGACCUCGAGUCCUACCCCACCCUCAUCGCCACCCUGGGCACUUACGAGGACAUUGCCCGCAACAUAGCAACGCUUCUACAUUGUCAAGGCUGGAAGGCUAUAGGUAUAAUACAUGCAAACAACGAGAUAAAUAAUCAAAUGGCACUCACGACCAAAUCUGUUCUAGAAAAUGAUGACGUCACAGUAAAAUGUGUUCUAUCCAGCAACAUGACAAGGGAUUCCAUCAAGAUCAGCCUUUCGUCCAUAAAAUCAUCGGCAAGAAUCAUAGUGGUGUUUGUUCCUGAGAUGUUUUUGGAAACCUUUCUCUCUGAGGUCACAGCACAAGGAAUGAAUGACGGCUCAUACAUAUUCAUUAACUGGAAGUUUAGUCCCGCGCUGAAUCACUCUUCCGGGAUGAAUAUCCCGCACCCAAGAAACACUCUACGAUCUCUAUUACAGAUUGGACCGUUUACAACCACGGAAUCUAGAUACCAACAGUUCAUUAAUCCUGUCCACAAUCCAACGCUGGUGAGCGAAUUUUAUGCCUACUUGUACGACGCUGUUUUAUUGUAUAGCGAAUAUGUACGACAGGCUACAACUAGCAGCUUUAAUGUGAGCCAACUCAAACAAAACCUGCAGAGAAUUUCAUACUCAGGAUGGACUGGUGGUAAUAUCCAUUUUAACCAUUCAAAGAGUGCCAUUCGAACCUACCGUGUCUCCCAUUAUCAGCAUGACAAUUUUACAAUCGUGUACGAACUGUCCUCCGGGAAUUGUUUAAGUCAGGCUUCUAUGGAAUGGAUAGGGGCGGGUCCGCCACAGGACACGCCCAAAUGUGGGUUUACGGGGGAGACCUGCAACAACGAAGAUGAGCACGGUGAGACCGGGGCGAUAAUAGCCGGAGCCUGUGUUGGAGGAGUCAUGGUCAUUGCGGUGUUCAUCCUGGCAUGCAUUCUAUACAGGAAAAAGAAAUUUGAAAAAGAACUAAUGGGAAUGUUGUGGAAAGUGAACGAAAGCGAAAUCAAAUUGAGGAACAAACAGCUCCCUCCCAAACAGGUGGCAGGACCCCACCCAACCAAAAAACUGGUCCGAAUGGAAACACGAGGAACCCUGGGAUUUGGCUCGUCUUGCAGUCUUGAUAAGAACUUCCUGUUUGCCCCAAUAGGAAAUUACAAGGGGUCUGUGGUGGCAGUAAAGAGUUUACAACGAAGAUCAAUAAGACUGACCAGAGAGGUACUGAGAGAUCUCAAAACGUUACGAGAGUUGCAUCACGACAAUUUAAACCAAUUUGUUGGUGCCAACCUAGAGCCAGAAAACUGCUAUGUACUGACUAUGUAUUGCGCAAAGGGAAGUUUACAGGAUAUUUUGGAAAAUGACGACAUAAAACUGGAUUGGAUGUUCAAAAUGUCGUUUGCGCUGGACUUGGCAAGGGGAAUGGAAUUUUUGCACAAGUCUCCUUUGAAAUCCCACGGUAAUUUGAAGUCCAGCAAUUGUGUAAUAGACAGCCGCUGGGUUCUAAAGUUGACCGACUACGGAGCCAUUACAACUCACCCCGAGGAGCCCUCUCAGGAGAUUGGGGAACACGAAUUCUACACUGGGUUGUUUUGGACGGCACCAGAACUUCUGAGACUUCAGAAGAUGCCUCGUAAAGGAACUCAAAAGGGAGAUGUGUACAGCUUCGGUAUAAUUCUACAGGAAAUAUUCCUCAGGGCGGCUCCAUACUACUUCAAUGUUGUAUCAUCUCCAAAAGAGGUAAUAAUAAGGGUACGGAACCACGAAGUGCCCCCUUUUCGUCCCCACAUACCCGAGGAUAGCAAUGUCCCGGAUAAAGCAAUAUUCCUAAUGAGGUGUUCCUGGCAUGAGCACUCCGAAUCGAGGCUAGACUUCCACAGUAUCAGAAAGAGGCUCGUAGAUAUCAACAGCGGGAGGAAAAUCAACAUAAUGGACAACAUGAUCCAGAUGUUGGAGGCGUACAGCAACAACCUGGAACAGCUGGUCACUGAGAGGACGGAGGAACUGGCCCUGGAGAAGCAGAAGACUGACCGGCUGCUCUACAACAUGCUCCCACCACUGGUGGCAGAACAACUCAAGCGUGGAGAGUCUGUACAGCCCGAAUGCUAUGACGAAGUCUCCAUUUUCUUCUCAGAUAUCGUCGGUUUUACAACGAUAGCGAAUCAAAGCGAACCGCUACAGGUUGUGGAUCUUUUGAAUGACCUAUAUACAACCUUUGAUGAAAUCAUCGGUCGACAUGACGUUUACAAGGUGGAGACUAUAGGCGACGCUUACAUGUGUGUGAGCGGACUUCCGCGGCGGAACGGCAAGAAACACUCCGGAGAAAUCGCCAACAUGGCGCUGGACUUAUUAAACGGAGUGACUAACUUUACGAUCCGCCACCUCCCAGGAUCCAAACUACAGCUGAGGAUUGGUCUCCACACAGGAGGAUGUGCCGCGGGGGUGGUGGGGACGGCCAUGCCCCGAUACUGCUUGUUUGGGGACACUGUCAACAUGGCUUCCCGAAUGGAAUCUACGGGAAAAGCAUUACACAUUCACAUCAGUGCCGCCAUGAACUCGGCCCUCCAGGAUCUUAAAUGGGGAUUCAUGAUGAUGGAGCGGGGAAUCAUAGAUGUUAAGGGGAAAGGCCUUCAAAAAACAUACUGGAUAAUCGGAAAAACAGGAUACACGAAACCGUUACCCCAGACAAUGAUCAGUUUGCAAGAAAAAUGGCGGCAAUCCCAAGAUACAGGAAGACCAUGUUCCCCGACAGAAUCUCACAUAUCUGACCGUGACCAUAGCGACAGUAUGUAUGGGCGCGCAUUCCGGAAGACAUCCAUAGCAAUCAGCUUCCUGCAUUCUUUGUCACGUGAGGGACACGCCUCUGACAGUCACUCUGUUUCUGAGCUUAGUGUUCAAGAUUUGCAUUUGUCUUGUGAGAGUUUGAAGGACAAAAGGCCAUCUCCUGUGAGCUUGACACCGGUUCAUAGGUCACAGAGUGUCGGGGAAAAUAAACUCGUGCGACCUGUCAUUAACCAGUUCAUGAAACACAAGAAGGCGAAACCAGAAAUGAAGAAAAAGUUAUCCACGGAUUCAUCGAGUGAUGAAAGUAGAGACAGUGACCAGAGUACUUCGUCCAAAGCUAUCCAGAAGAAAUUCUCAAUACCUAAAAUAGAAAUUUCUUAGAAUUAACGACAUGUCUUUCAGCUAAUUGCCAAAAAUAAAAGGACAUUUUAUGAGCAAUGUUUAGCUCCGGUAUAAUGCCAAAAAUGUGUUAUUUGUAUUCAAAGUUUCCUAUUGCAAUAUAAUUCUGUUGUUAUUAGUCAGUAAAAAUACAUUACUAUGUUAUUAUUUAUUAAAUAAAUGAAGUAUUUUAAAUGUU